AUGCUGCUGCUCCUCCUGGCUCGACAGAUGUUGAAUAUAUAUACCAUGAUGAUGACCUAUAAGCAGCAGCAGCAGCAGCAGCAGCAGCAGCAGCAGCAGUGGCAGCAGCAGUGGGAGCGGCAGUGCAGCGGCAACAAUGGUAACAGCAACGCAGCAGCAGCAGGAGCUGCUGCUGCUGCUAAACGCGACGCGCAGCAGCAGCAGCAGCAGCAGCAGCAGCAGCAGCAGCAGUGA